ACGUGUGAUCAGUCUCCCCACUCACUGCACGACUACAACAGACGUCGACGAUAAUGCUGAGAACUAUAACACACCUAACCUACGAUACUUACGGUACUAUUAUAUAGCGUCCAGCUGCCGAUGAGAACGUCGUCGAUCCGCGGACCGAUCUGCACAUAGACCAUCGCAUCAUAUAUACCGCAGCAACCGACCACACGCACGCGAUAUGCAGCAGGCCGUCGAGGCGUGGAACUCGCGAUUUUUCAACGUGCUGAGGUACGCUUGGGACGCGGUGUGCCGGGCUUUGGUGCAGGCGUACGCGGCCGUCCCGUGGACCGGGCGGGACGCCGCGGGCACCGCAGCCGCUGCGCCCGGUGCCCGCGAGGCCGUGCCGCUCAGCGUCAACUACCAUUUCACGCGGCAGUGCAACUACAGCUGCGGCUUUUGCUUUCACACGGCCAAGACGUCGUUCGUGCUGCCGCUGGCCGAGGCCAAGCGCGGUCUGACCAUGCUGGCGGAAGCCGGCAUGAAGAAGCUGAACUUUUCGGGCGGCGAACCGUUCGUCCGGGACGGCGGCCGGUUCAUGGGCGAGCUGAUCCGCUACUGCAAAACGGAACUCCGGUGGGCCGGCAUCAGCGUGUCGAUAGUGAGCAACGGCAGUCUGAUCCAGGAGAAGUGGAUGCACCGGUACGGCGAGUACGUGGACAUGCUGGCCGUGUCGUGCGACUCGUUCGACGCCGACACGAACCGGACGAUCGGCCGACGGCAGGGCGGUCGGACCGACCACGUUUCCAAGCUGUACGAGGUGCGCGAGUGGUGCGGACGGCACAAGAUCGCGUUCAAGAUCAACACGGUGGUCAACACGUACAACGUGAACGAAACGUUCGCCGAGCACAUCGACCGGCUGCGGCCGGUCCGGUGGAAGGUGUUCCAGUGCCUCCUGCUGGAUGGCGAGAACGCGGGCGAGGGCGCGUUGCGCGACGCCGCCCGGUUCUACGUCACCGACGAGCAGUUCGACGGGUUCUUGCGCCGGCACGCCCGAGUCCGGACGCUGGUGCCGGAGAACAACGACGCCAUGCGGGACAGCUACCUGAUCCUGGACGAGUACAUGCGGUUCCUGAACUGCCGCAACGGCAAGAAGGAACCGUCCGCGUCCCUGCUCGACGUCGGCGUCCAGCACGCGCUCCGCGGUUCCGGUUUCGACGAAAAGGCUUUCCUGGACCGGGGCGGCAUUUACGUGUGGAGUAAACAGCAACUGUCCAAAGACGAUCUCGAGUGGUAACGCGGGCCAAAUAUUAAUUUUUCUUUCGCAGCACCUCGUCUCGCCGAUAUUAUUAAUAUUAUUCUUAUAUAAUGCAAAUAUAUACUUAAUUAAACGUAAUAAUAUGUC